GGUUUCUCCCCCUCCCCCAACACACGCACCCGGGCGGGGCGGGGCGGCUCCCGGGCCGGCCGUGGGCGUGUCGGCCGCAGCCUGCGUGGCCUAGCGAGUCCCGCGCUGCUGGUUCCGCGUGGCCCCGUCGCGGCCGCGGGCUCCGGCCCCAUGGCCGCCAGCACCAAGGCCGUGGCCCUCUUCAAGCGGACCCUGGCGCUGUCUCCCCCGCGGUGCCCCGGCGGCGGCGGCGGCCAGCGCUGCUCGUCCUCGCCGCUGGCCCGGCCGGGGGGGCGGCGCCGCGGGGGCAGCCGGCUCCUGCACCAGGGCUCCCCGCCGGGGGCCUGCCCGGCCUCGCCCCGCUUCCAGCAGCCCGUGUCCCCUCUGCUCUGCCCGCAGGACGGGCUCAGCGACGGCCUCAAGAUCUGCUACCGGUACCUGAACCAGACCAGCCGGAGCUUCGCCGCCGUCAUCCAGGCCCUGGACGGGGAGCUCCGUCAUGCUGUGUGCAUAUUCUAUCUGGUUCUCCGAGCUCUGGACACAGUAGAAGAUGAUAUGACCAUCAACUUAGAAACCAAGGUACCAAUGUUGCAUGACUUCCACUCCUAUCUGUAUCAGCCGGACUGGAGAUACAUGGAGAGCAAGGAGAAGGACAAGCAGGUGCUUGAGGACUUCCCAACGAUCUCCUUGGAGUUCAGAAACCUGGCAAAGGUGUAUCGAGAUGUGAUUGCAGAUAUUUGUCAUAAGAUGGGAGCCGGAAUGGCAGAGUUCUUGGAAAAGAAGGUUGACACCCAGCAUGAGUGGGAUAAGUAUUGUCACUAUGUUGCUGGGCUGGUGGGGAUUGGCCUUUCCCGUCUGUUCUCUGCAUCAGAACUAGAAGACCCUGUCGUAGGACAGGACACAGAGCUUGCAAAUUCCAUGGGCCUCUUUCUUCAGAAAACCAACAUCAUUCGUGAUUAUCUGGAGGACCAGCUGGAGGGAAGAGAAUUCUGGCCCAGAGAGGUUUGGAGCAGGUAUGCCAAGAAACUGUCGGAUCUCGCCAAGCCAGAGCACAUUGACAUGGCUGUCCAGUGUAUGAAUGAACUGAUCACAAAUGCAUUGCACCAUGUCCCUGAUGUUCUCACCUACUUAUCUAGACUGAAAAACCAAAGCGUCUUCAACUUCUGUGCUAUUCCACAGGUGAUGGCCAUCGCCACUCUGGCGGCCUGUUACAAUAACAAACAGGUGUUUCGGGGUGUGGUGAAGAUUCGGAAAGGACAAGCUGUCACUUUAAUGAUGGAUGCCACAAACAUACAAGCUGUCAAGGCUAUAAUGUACCAGUAUGUGGAAGAGAUCUAUCAGAAGGUCCCAAGCACAGACCCUUCUUCUAACAAGACCCAGCAGAUCAUUGUCUCAAUCCGAACAAUGAGUUUGCCCAAUGGUGUCGAGGUAUCCCGUAACCAUUACUCCCCCAUCUACCUCUCAUGCGCCAUGCUUCUGGCAGCGCUGAGCUGGCAGUAUCUGAGUGCGAUGUCGAAGGCAUCAGAGGAGUAUGUACAGGCCAGUGAGAACUGAGGGUUGAUGGGGAGAGCGAAGGUCAGUAGAUGGAUAAAGUUGGGAACAGGUUCUUGUCUCUCCCCUGUUGGAUCUGCUGCCCUGUGGGAUGCCAGACUGGUGUGGGCCCUUAAAGCUGUGAAUGGAAUGGCAAAUCUGAAGGUGUUGGUUGGCCCGCAGUAUUGUGUGUUGCAGCCACUCGCUUGCAGCUGGAUUUGGCUGUUUUCACUGUUUGGAUGAACAGGUUACAAGUAAGACUGGUUGAGUCUCACUUUUCCUCUUUUUGGGAGACUGUUUUACCUGAAUUCUGGCCAGGAUAUUUUUUAAUUGCCUCUGUCACUUGUGAUUUUGACACCUCCCUCCAGUAAAAAGUUGCAUGAUGUGAGCCUGUGCGUUCUCCUUCAUCUGCCCAGUAUGUGUUCUUACCUCAGUACCUUCAUUGCUCAGCAACUGAAUGAUUCCAGCAAGUCAGCCAUCUUGGAAGCCACCAUUCUCUCAGAUGGAUGAAAUCUUCAAUUCACUGGGGCAACGUCUGACCGUUUCGCUAAAUAGCUGAGGAUCUUACAGGACAGAGAUGAGUGCAUAAGUUCUGGGCCUCCCCAUCCUUGUACUAAAUUGUGAAGAGACACUAGCCUUAAAUAUUAGAGCUAUUGCGAUAACUUGGAUGUAGCUUUCUGGUGAGAUUGUUUUCUACAGUUUAAAGAGCGCAGAGGCUGAAAGCAGCGCUCUCUUCCGAAAGCUGAGUAGAUGGCAGAACAUGCAAAGCUUAUUUCUCCACAAAAGUUAAGGUGGGGAACGUGUAGGGGCAGGCUCAAUGGCUCAUAGGUGGGUAAUGACUGCUAAAUCUGGUAGGAUACACCUGUACUGCUUGUGAGUAACACGCCAUCCAAUGGGUGUCUUGGGAUAUAAAAGGUAGCUCCUGAUCCUUGGGGAUGGUUUUCAUCAAACUAUGCAGUGAGGAUCCCCUUCCUGGGCAAAGGAGGUGCACUGUAGUAAGGGAAGUGUGGGAGACAGAAAAGCUGCCAUCUGAGCUGCAGGGGAGCCAAGGAGGCAGAUCUUGAGUCGGCAAACCUUACUGACCUGGAGAGAACAAGGGGAAUGUUGGAGUCUCUCCUCCAGUCCCCUCCUGUCUUUGUGCCCCACCUAGGCUGACAGUAUGGCCUAGAGAAGCACAGGUAGCUCUUUGGACUGGUAACUAAUUGGUUCUGGAAGGAGGGUGAUUGCAUAGCUGCUGCUCAUGCAUUCAAACUCCCUUUGGAAACAGGACUCUCUAUUCACAUACCAUUAUUUUCUGUGGCUUGAGCAGUGUUCCUUUCACCCAUACCCUUUUGGGGAUGCAUGGAUACAGCCUGCUCUGCCUUCCCUGCAGGACUGUCGGCAAUAAAGAUACACACAAUGCUGGUUUUGACAGCUUCUGGCUGUUCAGAUGAAGUCCACAGUGUGAGUACUGUUAUCUGCUGGUUGUCGAUUGCUUCCAGCUCCUGUAAAACUCAAAGUACCCAUGCUGGAGACAAGAAUGGAAACGCUUCAGCCUAAGAUUUAUGGGCUGCUUUCAGCUGCACGGGCGGAGUUCCAGGGACAGCAGCUCUGAAUGUAGCCUUGUCUUGCCGAUUUCAGCAGGUGGCAGUCUUCACCAAUCUCUUGUCUUGAAGAACCUUCAUGAAGGAAACAGACACUUCUCUCUGGACUCAAAACUCCCACCAGCUCUGAAACCUCCAGUCAUCGUAGGAAGAGCCUUUAAAAGUCGAAGUAGUAGGGCUGGCACCAGGAAGUCUGCUUAAAUGCUGCUGGGUUAGCAGUGUUCACUUUCCGUUCAGUGGGGAUGGGGGUCUGCACUACUCCAGCCCCCAGCGCCCCCCCCCCCCCCAGUCUUUAAGCUAGCACAGCUCACAUUUUCAAGCAGCCUCUUUGAAUUGAGGUGAGUAUGUUUAAGGAAGACAGGUGCUUGCUGCUGCUCUAACUCACCCCACCUACUGUUACAUUGUGUACUUCUGUGCUGGCUGUCCUUGCUGUGAGCGACUCCCUGGCUUUUCAUUAACAUCUAGUGGAGCAUGGCCCUGGAGGAAACAGCUGAGGAGCUAUUAACAGUGCUGUUACAGGAAACUCCUCUUGCCCUGUUAUACCUUCUGUUCCCCAAAGCAAGCUCCAUGGGGCUGCUUUUAAACAUCAGCAGCGUCUGGAGUUGUAGAUGUGCACCCAUGGUGGGAAACGUGACUUAGUCUAGUCACUUGAAGUUUAGGAGUUGGGAUCUCUGCUGGGAAAUGUCUCGUGGUUGGGUGUAAGACCAGUACAGCACUAUUACAUGGUGAGCUCUACUCCAUGGUUAUCUGUGUACAUACUUAGCCUAAUUAAAUGUUGAUGCAAAUAUUGCUUUGCUCUUUAUGUAGAGGUCUGGGCUUGAGUUCUCAGCUUCCCUUAAUAAACUUCUUUGCCAAGAA